GCGCGGUCAGGUGACCACCUUCGGAACGGCCGGCCAGCCUCGCUCUCGCUGCGCAUCAUCCAAACACAUCCCCUCACCGCCGUCACCGUCGGGACUACAGGAUCUGAGCAGUUCAUCCGCAACGUCAAUCCUCCACAAUUAGCUUUUUAAAAAACGGAAAUAGCGAACACAUAAGGAGCUGGAUACAAGGUGGACGGCAUGGGGGAGCACACGGCGUUUAUGCUGUUACUGCUGGCGACCUUGACGCUCUCGUCUGAGGUGCCUGCUGAUGACGCUGUGGGUCUGCUAGCCGAGCCCCAGGUGGCCAUGUUCUGCGGAAAGCUCAACAUGCACAUCAGUGUGCAGAGUGGCAAAUGGGAGCCGGACCCCUCUGGCACCAAGAGCUGCAUCGGCACCAAGGAGGGCAUCCUGCAGUACUGCCAAGAGGUGUAUCCUGAGCUGCAGAUCACUAACGUUGUAGAGGCCAACCAGCCUGUCAGCAUCCAGAACUGGUGCAAGAAGGGCCGCAAGCAAUGCCGCAGUCACACACACAUUGUGGUGCCAUACCGCUGUCUAGUCGGGGAGUUUGUGAGCGACGCCCUGCUCGUUCCUGACAAGUGCAAGUUCCUGCACCAGGAACGCAUGGACCAGUGUGAGAGCCACCUGCACUGGCACACUGUAGCCAAAGAGUCCUGCGGCGACCGCUCCAUGAAUCUCCAUGACUACGGGAUGCUGUUGCCGUGUGGUAUCGAUCGUUUCCGAGGGGUGGAAUUUGUCUGCUGUCCAGCGGAGGCGGAGCGAGAGUCAGACAGUGUGGAGCUGGAGGGGGAGGAGUCAGACGUCUGGUGGGGAGGAGCCGAGACUGAAUACUCUGAUAACAGCAUGUCCCGUCAGGCUGAUACAGAGCCGGCCACCACUGAGGACGACGAAGAUGAAGAUGAAGAGGCCGAGGCUUUCGACAGGGAUGAGAACGGAGAUGGUGAUGAAGAUGAUGAGGACGAUGAGGAGGAUGAGGAUGAGGACGACACAACUGAUGAGCGGGACAGUGAUGAGCGCAGCGCUAACUUUGCCAUGACAACCACCACGACCACCACCACAGAAUCGGUCGAGGAGGUCGUUAGAGCGGUAUGUUGGGCACGUGCUGAGUCCGGCCCAUGCCAUGCCAUGCUGGAGCGUUGGUACUUCGUGCCUGAGAAGGGUCGCUGUGCCCCCUUCUUGUUUGGGGGCUGUGGGGGCAACAGGAAUAACUUUGAGUCGGAGGAGUACUGCCUAGCUGUCUGCAGCAGCUCGUUGCCCACCAUGGCUCCCAGUCCUCCAGAUGCUGUGGAUCGGUACCUCGAGUCUCCCGGGGACGACAACGAGCACACCGACUUCCAGAGGGCCAAAGAAAGCCUGGAGGCCAAGCACCGUGAAAGGAUGUCGCAGGUGAUGAGGGAGUGGGAGGAGGCUGAGAGGCAGGCCAAGAACCUUCCUCGUGCUGACAAGAAGGCUGUCAUCCAGCACUUCCAGGAGAAGGUGGAGGCUCUGGAGCAGGAGGCAGCAGGAGAGAGGCAGCAGCUGGUGGAAACCCACAUGGCCCGGGUGGAGGCCUUGCUCAACAGCCGCCGGCGCCUGGCUCUGGAAAAUUACCUCAGCGCCCUGCAGGCCAACCCUCCACGGCCCCGUCAGGUGUUGAGCCUGUUGAAGAAGUAUGUGCGUGCAGAGCAGAAGGACAGGCAGCACACCCUGAAACACUACGAGCACGUCCGCACAGUCGACCCCAAGAAGGCUGCACAGAUCCGACCUCAGGUUCUGACCCACCUACGUGUGAUUGAUGAGAGGAUGAACCAGUCACUGGGGCUGCUCUACAAGGUGCCUGGUGUGGCUAAUGAGAUCCAAGAUCAAGUUUUUGUUAUAAAGCAGAGAAUCCAGGCUGAGCUGUCUCAGCAAGUCUCCUCCCUGCAGAGCGAUGGGCGGGCUGAUGGCAGGGUGAGUUACGGCAACGACGCUCUGAUGCCUGACCAGGCGUACAGCUCUGCUCCCAUGGACCCUGGUCUGGACGGCCUGGGCUUCAUCCACCCUGAGAGCUUCAACCAGCCGAACACAGAGAACCAUGUUGAGCCUGUUGAUGCACGUCCAGUUCCAGACAGGGGCCUUCCCACACGACCUGUGUCUGCUCUAAAGCCAGAGGAGAUGCCAGAAGUGCGGAUGGAGACUGAGGAGAGGCAAAGUGCUGGUUACGAAGUUCAUCAUGAAAAGCUGGUGUUCUUUGCUGAGGAUGUGGGGUCCAAUAAGGGUGCCAUCAUCGGGCUGAUGGUCGGCGGGGUUGUCAUAGCAACCGUCAUUGUCAUUACCUUGGUCAUGCUGAGGAAGAAACAAUACACCUCCAUUCAUCAUGGCGUCAUCGAGGUGGAUGCGGCAGUGACACCAGAGGAGCGUCAUCUGACCAAAAUGCAGCAGAAUGGCUAUGAGAAUCCCACCUACAAAUUCUUUGAGCAGAUGCAGAACUAAAGAGCUGCUCCUCAACAUUUUCUCUAGGCUCCCCCCCUCCACCCCCCUCCACUCUCUUGCUUGUCGGUUCUGUUCCAUUGUGGCUCCUUGCCUUUUUCCUCAGCUCCUGCCCCUUAGAUGCUGACAGUGUUAAGGCAGAUUGGAUAGGUGUAAAUAGUACUGCAAAGGCUGAUUUUUAUCCUGUUUGAAAAUAAGGAGAGCUAGGUGAAGCCUUUGUGCUGAUAUAUUCCUAUUUGAGGGGUUUGAGACAAAGGAAGUGGCACUGAGCUGAAAUGGAACAUGGCCUUAUUAAUUCCCUCUCUCUUAAUUGUAGAGUGCAGCACUUGAACAUCCAUUUACCUGCAACCGAUCAGACAAGGGUACCCUACUUCACCUGCACAUUUUAGCCAGUAGCAGAGGAAAUGUUAUAGUGUUUGUACAGAAAAGCCAACACUAUAUCGACUAUUUAUAUCAAGUCAUUUGUCAGGAGCUUGGCUCUCCCGUGCAGUACUGCGCUCACAGCUCAAAGAUAAACCAGAAACUUGUAGACCCCAGCGUUUCAAUUCCCCCUCACUGUUCCAGCUCUCUGCCCAUUUCCCCCAUCCUCUCCUGCUCCCCUGAUGACAGCUGUGCUGCGUUUGAUGACAUAACAGCUCUUAGAGCUGGUGGUGGGAGGAGGGGCUCUCUGAGCGCCUCUCCGCAGGAUUAAAGCCCAAGUGUUUCAGGUUUGUUUUUCAAAAAAGGAGAAAAAAGCAGAAAAAAAUUCAUCAUCUGAAUAUGUAAAAGCUGAAAAAUAUUGAAUGUUUUCUGAUUUUUUUUAUUUUAUGUGUAAUGUAUUAAGACAGAGAUUAGCUGUAAGUAUAUAGUGCAUGGCAAUAUUGAUGACAGAUACAGUAUACUGUAUGUUGAGGUCCUCAGCUUCACUUGUUGGAGUGCUCCUCUUACUAGACGUUUUAGCAGGAUUGUACAUUUCUAGUGUCUUCUUUGUGAUCUUGUGAUAUGAAGACAAAAAAACAAACAAAAAAAAGAGUAUUUAGAAUCUGGUCUGCUUCGUUGUCACAGAUUUGCUUUAACUAAAUCUUUGCUCUUUACGUUCAUCUCCAUGCCUCACUCUGUGUUAGCUGCAUGGGCAGAAUGCUCUAUCUAUAUGUAAUAUAAUAUCAAGUGUAAUAGCAUCCGAAAGGAAGUUGAUUGUGUUACUGUUUGCGUUCUAUGCACUCUGAGUUUCAUUUAGGAAGUCUAUUAUUACCACCAAAUAUUAUUGCUGUUAUGUUACUUCCCUGUUGCCAUAUUCCACUGCUGUUGCACAUUGAGUUUUAGUUAGUUAAGAUGUAGGGAUGGAGGAGGUUUCUUCCACUCCUAAUUGUGUCAUUCCAGAUUUUGCAUUCCACUCUCCCUCUUUGCGUGUAAAUAUUUGGAUCAUUCAGAUCCAGGUCUGAAGGGCCAAUCUCAUUAUCAAGCUCAAACUCUCCAUCUCUCUCUGUUUGUGUUUCCUUCAGUCCUCAUUUCCUAAAACCUUUCAACCCUUUUCUUUCCCACUUUCUAGCUGUGUCGGUAAUAUUGUACAGUACAGCACUGUGGAGUCUGUGUGUGAGAAUGUGAUUAGCCGAUGGGACUCGGUGGGCCUAGAGAGAUUAGUCUCAUACAUACUCUAGUCUGUCCUGUUCCUCUUACACGCUCACUCUGUCAUACACACAUUCCAUUCACCAUAUCUCACAUACACAUUCUAUUUUUCUAUAUUUACUGUCUAUACAUGUACAGUGUUUGUUUGUCCUGUGGUGGAUUAUCCUUUGCCUGCCUAUCUGUCGUCAAGUCUCUCUUAAUUAAGUCUCAGGCUUCCUGCUCUUAAAGCAGAGGCCGCACACCACCUGUAUGUGGACCUCGUAGGCACAAGAAGUCAGAAAUGAACACUAAUUGAAUGGCCUCUAAAUUUAAGGAGGAUAAAUGUCACAUCGGUUUAUAGAGACAAGAGACAAGACAUCCCUUCUCCCUGAAUUAAGUCAAAUGCCACCUCCAAUGAACAUGAAUGUGACAUGCAUAUUGUGCAAUUAUACCAUAGAAAUACAACACUCAUCACCUCUACACUCUUUAUCCACAUCUGUACAGACACACUAUUUGAAGCUCUUAAUCAGGUGAAUGUUUAAAAUUUGUAUUGAUACUCACUCCGGGUGUCUUUGGAGGCUAGUGGUAAAAAUGCUUUUUUUCUCUCAUUGAUUCAGUGACUUUUCUCCCUGUGUAGCUAAAUGAACCAUUUGCUUAGACUGAGAAAAAGCUUUCUACACUCACUAUCCCAUGAAUAAAAUUUUGAAUGUACAUAAAA